AUGGCGAUGGAUGUUACGCCACUCAUUGUCGCCGGCGCUGUGGCGCUCAUCAUCAUGGUCGCGAGCAAGGCGAGCAAGGCGACGGCCGAGACGAUGGACGAUGUGAGGACAGUCAAGCUGGAGGGGUGCAUGACUGCUGCUGAGGCUGGAGAUUGGGUGGCCAAAGUGGGCGCGGAGGAGGUGCGGGUGGUGAUUGGCGGGGCUGUUGAUGAAGUGCUCAUCCACGUGGUGAGCAUGUGCUCGGGCAUCACAGACAUAAUCUUGGCCAACUGCUCUGCCCUCACAAAUGCAUCACUCUAUGCCAUCGCUCGCUGCUGCCCCUCGCUCAAGCGGCUUGAUCUGUGCAACUCGGGCUUGCCCUCGGCUGACACGCUGGCUGCGCUCAUCGCCGGCUGUCCGCUUGUUGUCGACAUCGACGUCACUUGCUGCACUCUCAUCAAGGACGACGCGGUGGAGAUGAUGGUGGCUGGAUGGCAGCUGGAGAGACUGGUCCUUACAGGCUGCGAGGAUGUGUCUAGCAGGGGCGUCGAGGCCAUCGCAGCUGCAGGCGCCCAGCUCAAAGUCCUCUCGCUCUCUCGCAUCGCUCAGGUCUAUGACGACGGCCUCAUUGCCAUCGCUGCCGGCUGUCCGCAGCUCACGUCGCUGAUGUUGCAGUGGUGCGCUUUCUUUACCGAUGUGGGCCUCCUUGCCAUUGUCGCAGGCUGUCCGCGGCUCACGCGGCUCUGCCUUGACCGCUGCACCCGGCUGACACCCGCAGGCAUUGCGGGCCUCGUCGGCUUGACCGACCUUGUCGAGCUCGAUCUGACCGACUGCAGGUCGCAGGCCACCGACGAUGCACUGGCCGCGCUUGCUGCUGGCUCUCCGCAGCUCGAACAGCUCCUCCUCCACAACUGCACCGCCGUCACCGACGCCGGCAUCGAGGCCAUCGCCGGCGGCUGCACCCAGCUAGAGGUGCUUGAUCUGUGGGGCUGCACGCUGGUGACCGACACCGGCGCCGCUGCGCUCUUCGAUCUUGCUCGGCUGACGAGAGUCUCGCUUGAUGCGACAAAGAUCUCAUCGGCGAUGAAGACAGCAGUCGAGGGCCACUGCACGGCCAUGGCGGCGGGCAUGGCCACUGCAGGCAGCGCGUAG